CGAUACAAUGCAGUCAUCGCUUUCUUCAUAGAAAGAGCAGUCAACAAAGUGAAAACGGUGAUCUUCGAAGAAAGGAUGCGUUUCUUCACUGUAGCUGUGAUUCUUCUUACGACAUGUUGGUUAACGCACGCGAAGACAGUUGAUAAGCGUCAAUGCUGUUAUCCUCCACCUCCUCCUCCACCACCUCCCCCACCGCCACCACUUCCACCAGUAAUUGGACCCCCUGGACCUGCAGGACCACCAGGAUACAUGGGCAGGCCAGGUUGCCAAGGGCCAAUGGGUUGUCCAGGAAAUAUGGGACCACCAGGACCCCAGGGACUACCUGGUAAACAAUUCAUUGGUCCCCCAGGACCCCCAGGACCUGCUGGAUACCCUGGACGUCAAGGAUGUCCGGGAAUUAACGGAUGUCCAGGUUCACCUGGUCACCCAGGACCACCAGGACCCCCAGGACCACCUGGCCCACCAGGACUCCCCUACCGUGGAUGAAAAGAGCCUUUUAACUUGUUGGAAAUAAAUGCAAACAUGAAUGUUUUUGAUAAAAAUGUUAAUAAAGAAUUCCUGACUACAAUUGUUCUUUGCUUCUUAGAACUGUGUACACCACUACUAUUAUGGUCUGCCAAGCUGCUCUGAGGGAGAGGGGAGGGCAGAUGGAAGGAGUGGUUUGCAGGGGGAGAUAAAACUAGAGCCUGCUGGCACGGAAUGCCUAAGGAUGAACAUGAAACUGCCUGAAAUGGAGCUUAGCCUCCUCUCUGCCAUCCCCUUCCCAACCCCCUCCUCCUCUACCUCCUCUCUCAAUCCCUCUUAGGGCUGCUACACAGGCAAUUACUACUGAAAUCAAAGCACUCUGAUUGGCUAGUCUAAACAAUUGUUAAUCCUUAACAUCAAAUAAGCAUAUAAAUACAUUUUACAAGUGAUAAAUAAAUAAAAAUAAUGAUAAAAUAAAUAAAAAAUAAAUAUCAAAAAGAAAAAAUAAA